AUUUUUGGGUAAAAGAAAUUAUUAAAUCUAAAUUCACAGAUGAAGAUAAACAAAAACUCAAUAAGCUUAGAGAAGAACAUAUCAGAGAAUUGGAACAAACUCAACCUGGUACAAAUGAUUUCAAUCAGAUAAAUGAAGGAAUAUGUGAUGAAAAACAAAUUGGUCCUUUAGAAAUAGGAAGACGUUGGUUUAGAGAAAUAAGAGAUAGUAGAAAUCUAACUGAACAACAGAAAGUUAUGUUGAAUAUAAAGCAUGAUGAACAAUUAAAAGCAUUAUCAAAUAAACAAUAUGAUAAAAUCAGUGAAGAAAUCCCUAAAAUUGAUGCUGCAACUCCGUUAAAUAAUAGACAACGUAUAGAUAUUGCAAUUCGAGAGCUGAAAAAUGAGAACUUUAUAGGAAAUAGAAAUAUUAACAUAUUACAACAAAUGAGAAGAGGAAGAUAUCAAUUAAUUGAAAAAGAGUCUGAAAUUGAGAGAUAUAAUAGAUACAGAAGGCAAAUCACAAACUUUUACAAUAAUAGACAAGUUGUUCCACUUUCAAAUAAUAAUACCCUUGCAAACAACAUUGAAAGACUCAAUCAAACUCUAAUGGAAAGUGAUAGAAUUAAAAAUGAUCUAGUCAAUUUGAGGAAACAUAGAUAUAAUACUUUACUAUAUAACAUUCUUGAAAAUGAAAUGAAAGAAGAUAAUGAUAAACAAUCAUUCGAAGAUGGUGAAAAGUAUGAUCAGUUAAUCCAAACCUUGGAACAAGAUUUUCUAGAUUCAUCAUGUACUAUAGAACAACUACAAGAGUUGAGGAAACAACUGUUUUCAGAACAAAAAAUAAAAUUAAAUCAAAAAAGAAUAGAUAAUAAAUAUCCUUAUAGAGAUUACAUCGAAACAUUAUUAGAUGGUGAUUAUUUUGAUAAUAAAAUAAAUAAAUUAACAGACUCAAAUGAAAAAUAUAUUCUACAAAACCUUUGUAGAAGAACUGCUGAAAUCUAUAAAGAUAAAGAACAAGACCAAUAUUUUAUUGAUAAAUCAAAUAAACAAUUUCAUUCAAUAUGUGAUAUUGAAGAUGUAAAUGAAUUUGUUAAUAACAUAAUCAAGAAAAAUUAUCUUUACAAACAGAUAAAAGAAAUAUUCGAUCAAGAAGAUGAUAUCGCUAGAAAAGAAGAUGAUUUUGAGCAACCAGAUAAUAAAAAACAAAAACAAGCACCUAGAAAAAUGAAAAAUGUAAGAGAAGGCAUCAACAUAAUUAUUCCCAAAACAAGACUAUUCCUAAUGAGACAAGGUUAUCAAACAUUAGAUAUAAAAAUAUGUGUAGAAGAACUUUUAAAAUUAUAUAAAGCUAUCAUAAUCGCCUCUGAUAAAGAAAUUAGUUUUUUGAGAAGCUUGUUGUUAAAUAAUAUCAUUAAAUACUCAGAUCCAUCAAUAUUUAACAGAUACGAUAUAAAAUCAGAACAAAAUAAUAAAUUUUUUAUUAAUUCAAGAACAAUAACAAAACAACAUUUCCUUGAUAUAGUGUUCAAAAUUCUAAUCAAAAGAGACAGAGAUCUUAGAUUAGAUGAGAAAAUAGGAAACAUCUUUGAUGAUACUGAAGUUUAA